UUAAUUUAAUUUCUUUUUCCAAACAUAAACAGCCAAUUAACAAUCAACGACUCAUUCCUUCGUCAAUGGUCACCACCAAGAAGACCAACCCACAUUAUUUUUCAUUUUCAUCUUUUUUUUCUUAAACAAUUCCAAAAACAACUCCCAAAUCUCUCACCAAAUUCAAAUUCAGCCCUUGAAAAUUCCUGGGAAUUUAAUUUUCUUCUUUUUCAAUCAAUUUAAUUCAAUUUCAAUACCCAACAAAAAAACCCAUCAAUUUUUGGAAUUUUUUUAAAAAAGAUUCAAUUUGGGGUUUUUUUGCAAGUUGAAUAAUGAUUGAUUUAGCUAGGAAAUUUCCCAAUAAUUAAUUUCAUAGACAAAAAGAGAGAGAAGAAAAGAGCAUAAAAAGACCAAGUCUUUCUUCAAUCUUCCCCAAUUUACACUAUUUUAAAUAGUAUAUAUACUAUCUCCUUCUUCUUCUUCAUGCUCUUUAAAUCUCUUUUCGUUGAUUUUUGGUUUUUGGGUAUUAGAUCUUGAACAUUUCAUAGUUUCUUUUAAUCUAGAUUUGAACUGGGUACUUUGAAUUUCUCGCCUUUUUCAGACUCGGUUCCUUGAGCAUUCAAAUAUCUCAAUUUUGUUGAGGUGGUGUUUUAUUUCCAUCUUGCUUAAGAGUGAAGCAAAUAGUGAUAUUGAGGCCAAAAUAGGUCAUGUUUUGAUUCUUCUGUGAUAUAUUGGCUAAAAGAUGAAGGCAACAGAAGCCUGGGGCUUAAGCAUGCAAAUUUUGCCAAUGCAUCGCCAUCGACAUGUUUCUAGGAGACCAGUUUGGAUUAUUGUGUUGGUUUGCUUGGUCAGCUUUUUUGUGAUUUGUGGUUAUGUAUAUCCUCCCGAAAACUCCUCAGCCUGCUAUGUUUUUUCACCAAGAGGCUGCAAAGCUUUUCAAGAAUGGCUUCCAUCUUAUACUAGAAGAGAAUUGACUGAUGAAGAGUUGGCAUCACAAGUUUUAGUUCAAGAAUUUUUGAGAACUCCUCCUCAACAGACUGAAAAUCCUAAAAUUGCUUUCUUGUUCUUAACUCCUGGAUCAUUACCUUUUGAGAAUCUCUGGGAUGUAUUCUUUACUGGUCAUGAGGGAAAGUUCAGUGUUUAUGUGCAUGCAUCUCAACGAAAACCUGUACAUCAGAGCAAAUAUUUCGUUGAUAGAGACAUCCAUAGUGACAAGGUUGGUUGGGGUCAAGUUUCAAUGAUAGAUGCAGAACGACGCCUUUUGGGCAAUGCACUGCGAGAUCCUGAUAAUCAGCACUUUGUAUUGCUUUCUGAUAGUUGUAUACCGUUGCACAGAUUUGAGUAUGUGUACAACUAUCUGAUGUACACAAAUGUUAGUUACAUUGACAGUUUCUUGGACCCAGGUCCUCAUGGAAAUGACAGGUAUUCACCACAUAUGUUACCCGAAAUAGAAAAAGAGGACUUCCGUAAGGGUGCACAGUGGUUUCACUUGAAGCGGCAGCAUGCAAUGAUUGUAAUUUCUGAUACCCUUUACUAUUCGAAGUUUAGAAAUUACUGCAGGCCUGGCUUUGAGGGACGCAAUUGCUAUUGUGACGAACAUUACUUGCCAACUUUCUUCAAUGUUGUUGAUCCAGGGGGGAUGGCAAAUUGGUCAGUAACUCAUGUUGAUUGGUCUGAACAUAAGUGGCAUCCAAAAUCCUAUAGAGCACAGGAUGUCAGUUAUGAACUUUUGCAGAAAAUUACGUCUAUUGAUGAAACUGUGCAUGAAACUAGUGAAGCAAAGAAGCAAGUGAUUGUGAAGCCUUGUGUAUGGAAUGGAGUGAAACGCCCUUGUUAUUUGUUCGCUAGGAAAUUUUACCCGGAAACUCUGGACAUUUUGAUACAAAUCUUCUCCAACUACACUGCUUCUGUAUAAGCAAUACAAAAACCAGAGUUUUGCUUUGAUCGAUGCCUUUCGACCACCUUUUUGUCUCCAUACAUAGCUUUUCCCGUUGUAAAUGUCCAUGCCAUACAAAGACCUGAGUCUAGCUGAUAUAUUAGCUGCCUGGAACAAGAGUAUUAUUCUUCAAAGGUUGCUACUCGGAAGAUUCAAUGUCUAUUCUUUUCCCCCCAGUAUUCUUCUGUAAUUUUGCCGAUGUAACAAACAUUUUAUCAGAUAUUGACACAGUUGAGGGGAUCAAUUCUUAGAUAGAUAUAGUAGAACUAGCUUGCAGAUUUUUACUGUAUUUUGCUUCAGCUAAUGGUAGCAAUGCUAAGUUUUUAAUCUAAUACUCCGUAAUUUUCCCUCUAUUGGUUUUUA